UCUCUUUUGUUGCGUGGCAUUAAGUUCUGUGAUCAAAAGCCCCAAUCAGAUUUAUGUAGUCCUGAAUCACCUGAGGAAAUAAUUGAUAAUUUGCACAAUUUAAUGAUCAAUUUAUACUGUUGACCGGCAGGUCCUGUCAUUAAAUCCCUUUAGAGUAGAAAAUCCUUUAAAUAUAAACAAAUAACUCAUCGAUAUGGGUUUGACCAUAUCUAGUGUAUUGACCCGCCUUUUUGGUAAAAAGCAGAUGCGUAUUUUGAUGGUUGGGCUGGACGCUGCGGGAAAAACUACAAUCCUUUAUAAGUUGAAGUUAGGUGAAGUUGUUACAACCAUUCCAACUAUUGGGUUUAAUGUGGAAACGGUAGAGUACAAAAAUAUUAGUUUUACAGUAUGGGAUGUAGGCGGACAGAAUAAAAUUAGAAAACUGUGGAGGCAUUAUUAUCAAAACACUGAUGGUUUGAUAUUUGUGAUCGACUCAAAUGAUAAAGAGCGAAUUGCAGAAGCAUCAACAGAAUUAAAUAAUAUUUUAGAAGAUGAUUAUCUCAAAGAAGCAGCUUUAUUGGUGUUUGCCAAUAAACAAGAUUUGCCAAAUGCAAUGACAGCUGCGGAACUUACAGAUAAAUUGGGUUUGAACCAACUUAGUAAUCGAUCAUGGUAUAUUCAAGCUACAUGUGCAACACAAGGAAAUGGUCUGUAUGAAGGUCUUGAUUGGUUAUCAAAUGAACUGGCAAAUAAAUAAUAUUGUUAAUUAGGUUUUUAAGAUUUGUUUUAAUGUUACUAUGAGUUAUUCAUAAUAUUUUCUUUAGUUUAACAGUACCUCUGUGAUUUAUAUGGAAGUGACUGAAUAAGAAAUUUUUAAGAUACAUUUAUACAGUCAAUAAUGUAUUGAUUUUUGUAAGUCAUUUGUAAUGUAGUAGAAGAGUUUGAAUUUUAUCACUCAUUGUAAGAGAUAUUUCACAGACAAAAUAAUACAUUUCCCAACCACUUGGAUGUUUUAUCUGAUUUUUCAUAUCAGUAUUGAAAUAUUUAUUUGUAUAAAUAAAAUAAUGGGUCAACACUUGGUUAAA